AUGGCCAUCCAGACACCAAAGCAGAGAAUCGCAAACGAAAAGUUUAAUAAGAAUAUCGAAAAGCACAGAAAGUAUGGGAAGAAGAAGAUCGCCAAGAAUCAAGAGUCUUCAUUGCCCAUCUCCAGACUCUGGAUAGGUGUCAUCCUAUUUUUAUUGAUCGGUGGUGGGGUCUUGGAAUUGCUAAGCUAUAUUCUUUGA